AUGAAAAGCAUUUACUAUAUGAUGGGGCUUCUUUUUAUGCUACUGCAAGGAAGUUUCCAAAAUCCCAUCCAGGAAACAGAAGGCAAAUCCAAAUCAGUCAAAGCUGCAAGGACUGAAGCUCUAGAUGAUUCAGAUCACCACAAUGAAGUUAAACGUCACUCACAAGGCACAUUUACUAGUGAUUACAGCAAGUACCUAGACUCCAGGCGGGCUCAAGACUUUGUCCAGUGGUUAAUGAACUCAAAAAGAAGCGGAGGAAUGUCGAGACGCAACGCUCAAUUUGAGAGGCAUGCAGAUGGCACACACACUAAUGAUGUGGCCCAGUUCUUAGAAGAAAAAGCAGCCAAAGAAUUCAUUGCCUGGUUGAUAGGAAAACCAAACUCACAGAGAUUCUCACGACACGCAGAAGGAACAUUCACUAGUGACAUGACCAGCUUUUUGGAAGAAAAGGCAGCCAAAGAAUUUGUUGAUUGGUUAAUUAAAGGAAGACCAAAAAGAAAUUUCUCAGACGUUACCUCUGCGGAUGACAUGGACAGAAGACAUGCAGAAGGCAGCUUUACCAGUGAUUUCAAUAAAGCGCUAGAUAUUAAGGCUGCCCAAGAGUUCUUAGAGUGGAUAAUGAACACCCCGGUUAAAGAAAGGGAUUUAAUGGAAGAACAAUAAAAGAAUAGAGAAGAUCUUCAACAAGGAACCACCAACCAGCUGUCACUUGAAAAUGAUGAAUUUGUGUUGUGUAAAUUCAAGCAGGUGUAUCAUAAAGCCAUACAGUAUAGCUUUGCAUGCAAAGUAAAUGACAUUUACAAUAGUGUUUUCUUGUUGGGGAAUUACACAAAAAGCAAGUUCUACUCAAACACACAUCUACCAUUAGAGGUUUAAUGCUUUCGGUAAUGGUCGGACUUGUACUGAACUUAGAAAGAUGCUUUGCCAGUCCUACCAGAACUAGGAGGGCUUAAAUCCAGAAGUGCCAUUUUCUCGCCCAAAUAUUUAAAGGAAAAAAAAGAUAAAAAAAAUUAAAAAAUUAUACUAAA